GUACUAAACAGUCUUCAACAUCGAAAAAAAGAAGGCAAAAAGAAAAUAGGGCAAAGUCAAAGAAAUGUCGUCUUGAGCACCAAGAAGAAAACUGUAAGAGGGUGUUUAAACUUAUCACCCUUUCAACAGUCACAUGCUGCUAUGGAGACACUAUUGAUGAGCCACAGCUUAAUUUAACUAGCCUUUCAAAAUUGAAAAAGAAUGAUGUUCACUGGUUGAAAUUGUUAAUGGAGAAGAUGUUUAUAACAAGUGCUACUUCUAUUAUCAAUCAACCAUUUCUCCGACUUUAA